UGUUUAUAAUAUUCUAUGGUGUAAGAUCAAGUAAGGUUAUAUUCUCAUGAAGCAAACAACUUCAUAAGUGUUAAAAUUUCUAUCAGUGAUAUAAUUCAAGUUCGAAAUGAGUACAGAAGAAUCUUGUUCCGAAAUGGAUGAAAAUGAAACUGAGCAGACUGAAAGUGAGUGCCUACAAGGUUUUGUGAAUAUGGAAAAGUUUGUUAAAGAGGGGUUCAGUGUUAUCAGAGAGGCUAUACAAUGUGCCAAUGAAUUUUCUUCCUGUGAUUUUGAAUACCACAGCCUACAAAAACCAUUCAAGAAUAUCAUGGCAACUGAAUCAAAUCGAACAUUAACAUUGAUGAAUAAUAUACUCAAGAACUACGAAGUCAAAGGUAAUUUCAAGACUAGCAGCCUGGAUAUGAAAGAAGAUCUCUUGGUAGAAUCAAUUGACACAAUUUUGGAGAGAGUUGGAGAUUGUAUAGAUGAAAUUAAUGGUAUCAAGAAAUUUGUAUUCAAUUCAAAGGAAAUGGAAAAGUCUUCUACAUCUAUUAACGGAUCAUGGAAUAGAGUGAAUAAUUCUAAGUUUGUAGCAGCUGCAAAUGAAGAUGCUAAUCCUUCUUCUGUUUUGAAACUGUUAGUUAAAGACAUUAAACGACCACAAGAAUUGUUUACAGAUAAAAUUGAUAACAGUAAUGAUCAUCCUUGGGUACCUGAAAUCAAAGAAAAACCAAACUCUGUAAAACCUCUAGCAAUAUUUUUAGAAGAAACAGAGAGAGGUGAAGAAUAUUCACAUCCCUAUGAACUGGAAUUAGAAAAAUUCAAGGUACCUGAAGAACAACUCUUGGCUGAAUGUGAAGAUCCAAUAUUUCCUAAACCACUGGAAGAAACGCCACUCAUCGAAGUUGAUACAGAGGAAAAACUACAUGAACUCUUGGAAGAUUUAAGGAAAUAUAAAAUUAUUGCAAUCGAUUUAGAACAUCAUUCAUACAGAACGUUCUUGGGAAUAACAUGUUUAAUGCAAAUCUCAACUGGUGAAACAGAUUAUUUAAUCGAUACUCUAACCUUGAGAAACAAGUUGUUCGUGCUUAAUGAAAUUUUCACCAAACCUAGUAUACUCAAAGUUUUCCAUGGGGCUGAUUCAGAUAUUUUGUGGUUACAAAGAGAUUUAUCCUUAUAUAUUGUCAAUAUGUUCGAUACUCACCAAGCUGCCAAAUUAUUGGGAUAUUCAAGUCUUUCUCUUGCUUAUUUAUUAGAAAGAUUUUGUAAUUUUACUCCUAAUAAACACUUUCAGAUGGCCGACUGGAGAAUUAGGCCUUUACCUGAAGCUCUGAAGAAAUAUGCGAGAGAAGAUACUCAUUAUCUUAUUUACAUUUAUAAAGUAAUGAAAAUGGAACUCUUCAAAAAGUCUAAUAACACUAAUAAAUUUCUAUCCAUUGUUUAUGAUAGAAGCCUAGAAAUUUGCAAAAGACGAUUCUUCAAGCCACGUACUACUGAAAAUGCUCAUCUGGAUUAUUAUGGAUCGUGUAAAAGAAUGUUCGAUAAAAGGCAAAUGUACGCAUUUAAGGAGUUGUACUAUUGGCGAGACCAGAUAGCAAGAGAUCAAGAUGAAAGUAUAGGCUAUGUCCUUCCCAAUCAUAUGUUACUUCAAAUAGCAGAGACGCUACCUAGGGAAAUGCAAGGUAUUUUAGCUUGUUGUAAUCCAGUCCCAUCUUUGGUGAGAUCAAACUUGUUGGAACUUCAUCAGAUAAUACUUAAAGCAAGAGAUUUAUCAGUCGAUCAGCCUAUUUUACAAGACGAUACAAGAGCUAGAGGUAUUAUGGUAGAAAAACAGGAAAUCAAUUUGGAUCAUCCAUUUUUUUCUCCAUUUGAUUUGUCCAAAAAAGCAAAAACAGAGGAAAAUGCUCCCCCUUUACUUUUAGAUACAAAUUUUAAUCACAGAAAUAUACUUGAAAGUACAGCUCCAUUGGAGAAAUCUGAAUCGAUGUUUUCUGUAAUUACAAAAAAUUUCGAUAUGUUAGAAAAACCUCCAAGAUCAUACAAGAGCUUGACUCCUUUCCAAAGGUAUAACUGUGUUAAAAAAUUCUUGUCGGAUGAAGAAAAACAGAAGGAAGAGAAGUUGAAAGAACAAGCAAACCAAAAUAAUACGAGAGAUAUAAAGGUCAUCACCUCGGAAGUUAUUGAAAUAGAAGAGGAUAAUGAAAAAAUAUAUGAAAAUUUAGAUUUAAUAACCAAUGAAAGCAAAACCAUGGAUGAAAAGAUUGAAGCACUCAGUAAUCACUUCAGUAUAUUAUCACAAAAAACAAAGGAGGAUAUAGAAUGUGAAAAAAGACUAGAAGAACGAUUGUAUGAAAAGGCUUCCUCUAUUAUAACUGAAAAUUCUGAAAGCUUGAUGGAAAUAACAGAAAGCAGAAAAAGACAAAGGGAAGAAUCUGAUGAUGAUGAAGAAGAAUCUGAAAAUGAGCCACAAUUUUCAAAUUCUAACCCCAGAGUCAAAGUAGAGAGGACAAAAAAUCCAAGGAAUAAAAAUAAUAAAAAGCGAAAUUCUCGAGAAUUUCAGAAAAAAGAUGGUCAUAAACCUGAUUGGACGCAAGAUAAGAGUCGAAAAAGAAAAUCCGAGGAAAGUCAUUCAAGCUCUGAACAAAAGAAAAAUAAAUACAAUCAUCAAAUCCAAAACAGUCCUCAUAACAGAAGAAACCAUGGUAGUGAUAGAAAUAUAGAGCCAUUUGAUUAUUCCUCAGUUGAUUUCAGACAAUUUCAAGGAGGUGCAGGGGAAGUUAAUAAAGGAAAAACUAUCAAAUCGAAGUUCCAACCUAAAAAGAGCAACAAGUCGAAUAAAAAUCAAAAUUGGGGGAAAAGAAGAUAAAUAUUUUUUUAUAUUUUUUGUUAAUAUUGUAAAUAUAACUUAUUUUUUUGAAAUAUUACAUAUAGGUAUAAUAUUA